AUGGCCCUAUCUAUAUAUGCCUCGCUGAAAGGUGAUUGCCGCAAGUUCCGACUCCUGAUCCUAGAACCCUCGACCGACCGCUUUGCUCCUGUCCGGUGCAAGCUCACCCAGAGUUUUUUCGACGAGUGUGGUCUCAAGUACACGGCUCUGUCUUACGUUUGGGCCGACCCGCCAGGGACGACACCAAUCAUUGUGAAUGGUGUUGAGACGCAGAUUACCCUCAACCUGGAAGCAGCCUUGCGGCAUAUUCGACAACCUUCAUGUGCUGCGGUUCUUUGGGUCGACGCCCUAUGCAUCAACCAAGAAGACCUAGCUGAGAAGAACCACCAGGUUGAGAUGAUGAGAGAGAUCUACUCUGGCGCUGAGCUCGUCGUCGCUUGGUUGGGGAGUGCCAGAGAGGACAGCGACCUUGCCAUGGAACUGUUAGGAAAAGACUUGGUGGAGUGGAAGACAAGCGAAGAAACCUCAGAAUGCAAAUUGAUUGAAGAGGAGGGGCCAGGCUACCCAAGCAGCCUGACGAUCAAUGGAGAGCAGGGAGAUGAUACACCUGCUAGGAUUUGCGAAGGACUCGGAGAGCUCACCACUCCUCCAGCUCAAAGUGCUGCAACAACCUCGUGUCUCCAGCCUUCAAGUCCUGGUGCACUGACCAGAUCUGGAGCCACUUGCACUGUUCCUGUGGAUGAGAACGAGCACCAAGACGAACGUCACAUUAUAGAUCAGCCUAGCCCCUCUCUAACCAGUCAGUCUUCCAGCACCAGCAGCGGUUCGAGCGUGAAAGACAGCGAAAGUUACUGGGAAGAUUUCACUGAAGCAAUUCAACGGCUCUCAAGGCGAGGAACCCAAGCCAUACUGAAGUUGCUGAAGAGGCGCUGGUGGUAUAGAGUCUGGGUGGUCCAGGAGGUGAUGCUAGCAAAAAAGGUUGUCUUCAAAUGUGGCGAUGCUGAGGUCUCCGGAAGCAAGAUGAACAGCUGGGGGAUCUGUCUCCACGUCUUUCAACAGCUGUCCGAUGAACACGAGACCACCGGCAGUAUUUCGUCCCCCAUGCACCUUCUUACGGAUCUGAAUAAACUGAAGCACCUGACAUGCGAUGCCGAAUUCCUUUUAUUCGCUUACGGCAUGCGAGAAGCCACCAGACCACACGACCAUAUCUAUGGCCUCAUGGGCCUUAUGUCAGCAAGAGACCGAAGGCUGCUUGGAGCGCCGGACUAUGGCUGCAGAGUAGAGGAUCUUUUCAUCGACGUGGCGACCAAAAUCAUGGAGGAACACAAUUCCCUGGAGCUUCUCCUUGCGGCGGGCAUUCCCAAAUUACUGACAGAAGAGUCUUCGACGAAGAUGAACUUGCCUUCUUGGGUUCCUGAUUGGACACGACUGUCGCUGAGAGUCGUCGCGUACCAAUACCCAGACAGCCGAUUAGACUCCCUCGCGUUAUCUGUUUUUCAAUUUUCUGAAGACAUGAAAGAACUGACCUUCCACGGUUUCGAGCUUGACAAAAUUGAAAGUGUGAAGCCGAUCCCGGCAUUAGCCCAGGGAGAAAUACCAAUAUGGCAAAGCGCUCUCGUGAAUCAAGAAGGCACAAGAGGCGAUCGGAGACCACCUUCACUGCAGGGUCUAGUUGUCGCGAUGUUCUCGAUGUACAGUCGUGCGGAGAGUUUGGACAACGAAGAAGAGUUUCAAUUGUUUGCGUCCUUUUUCCGGGAGCUUAAGGAGUACCGCAUUUCUCUCGGUCGUUAUGAAGCUAGUGGUGAUCACGACAACUCUGAUUAUCUCGCAGGCUUUCUUGACUGGAUUGGCGAGACAAGGGAUGGGCGCAAUGAGAAGGAAAUUCUUGAGAAGACGUUUAGCGUUGAGUCUGCAAGUUCUUUUGCGGCGUGGUAUCACAGACAGUCCAGUGCAGAACUCCAGAGGCUCUACAUGGCUUAUAGCCUCACUCGGAACGGAGCGGGUGGUACUGCAGGAUGUUCAAUGUUCAGAACUUGCAAGGGUUCCUUUGGCGUUAUGGAGGCCAGGGCCGCCGCAGGUGACCUCCUUUGUGCGGUGCCUGAUUGUAAGGUGCCCCUUGUGCUUCGGAAGUUCGGAUCUUCAAAAUAUCUGCUGGUUGGACCAAGUCAUCCAAUUGCGGGAACAACUAACGGCGAAUUAGCGCGGGCGGUGGGAAACAGUAAGAUUACGAAGGAAUCCUUUACCCUAGUCUGA